UCAAGCGAUGCGGACGUGUGGCGAGACUGCGCUAAAAAGCAAAAAUAUUACAUGACACAUCGGCGUUAAAACAUCGCGUGGAAACUACGAAUUCAACUAGUGCUGACUCUAAUUAGAGAAGUGUAAGCAAAGUGAAACUGAAGUUAGAAUUAGGUACUUACAGUUUAUUUUGUGCCAUGGUGAAGUUUUCCCAGUUAACAUUUUUGUGACGAGGAUGUAUUUUUUUAUCUUGGUGCUCAGCUUAUUUAUUCAAGAAUCAAUUCUUCUUCGUAUAGUAAAAGUGACAGUGCCAGCAUACAGGGUGCGCGGCCAGACCACACAGCUGGAGUGCGACUAUCAACUGGAAGGGGACAUCCUGUAUUCAGUGAAGUGGUACCGGGACAAUGAGGAAUUUUACAGAUUCAUGCCCAAGUUCGAUCCGCCGAAACACGCCUACAAGAUAGAUGGCAUCAAGGUCGAUCUGGGCAAGUCGGACUCUCGUCGCGUGGUGCUGCAGCAGGUGACGCUCCGGUCCAGCGGCGUGUACCGCUGCGAGGUGUCCGCCGAGGCGCCCAGCUUCGCCUCCGCCGCAGGCGAGGGACGCAUGGAAGUCAUAUACCUGCCUCGCGAGGGCCCUCGUAUCACUGGCAACCAGCAGGAGGGCGGCGGCGACCACUUGUUCCUGAACUGCACCUCGGGCCGCUCCUACCCCGCCGCCGUGCUCAGUUGGGACAUCGAUGGAGAGAAGGUGACGAACCCAGACCAUUUAAUCCACUACCCGCCCACGGCGCACGCGCACGGGCUGGUGUCUGUGGCGCUGGGGCUGCUGGUGCCGCGCGGGCGCAGCAUGCAGGUGCGCUGCACGGCGCGCGUGGCGCCCGCGUGGCGCGAGGGCAGCGAGGCCGUCGUGGGCAGCCAGCUCAGUGACAGCAAAGAGGCUAUGCUGUUAGUGCGCAGUGCUGGAGCCCCCCUCGCCCCGAGUGCCGCCGCCGUCUGCGCCGCCGUACUAUUUCUCACCUCAACAGCAUUAUCUUCGACGUGAUAAAUUAUAUAUACAGACUUUUAUAUCGGAAACGUGAUUAACGCUGGCAUUUUGUACAGUGGCUAAGAUUUAUCUCUAGUACUUGGUUGAAAAUGAAAUGUGGCUAUGUUGGGGUUUAGUGGUUCUUAGUUGUGUAAUAAGUGUUUUUAUUUUUAUGUUUAUUGUUUAGUAUACAAAGAAUGCUGUUCAAUUCUACUACUCGGACAAUUAAAAAAAACUUUAAUAGAA